AUGAAAGAAAGCUACCCGAAGGUACUUGCUUCUUUUCAGACAACAUUGCAGUGGUCCGCGCUUCAUAUCAGUUGCCUUGCGGCUUGCCAGCAAGCGGGACUGCCAAGCUGCCUGUUGAGGCAGUGUUCAGCUGAUUGCCCCAGCCACACAUCACAACUCACCAUCCAACCAAGAUUCAGCACUUCACAUCGUUAUACCAUCUCGUCGCUCCUGCCAACAAUCUUUGUUGUUGUCAAAAUGUUUCCUACCAAGAGGCCGUAUCCGUUCGCAAAUGACCAUCAAGACACGGAGCCUGACGCAGUUUGGCAAUGUGAUCAGUCUCAUGCGAUACGCCAACACAUUGAACCACAGUACGAUCCUUUGCUCGACGGGCAAUAUGAUGGCGACGCAUAUCCACACACGAGCUAUCAGCCGGCCGGGAAGUCACCUGAACUCACCACAACGCAUACUGUCGAUGAAGCAGAUAUUUGCUUUGGAAGUAUACCAGACUUGAAGGCUCAACUGCGGACACAACCUCCUAUCCGUUAUGAUGCCACCUUCUCACCAUUCCAGUGUUUUGAUAUUCUUGAGCAAGGCGCCUUUUAUGCGCUCGACUUUCAGGGGUUGAAGUUUGCCGUUCUAAACAAGAAAGUGUGUCAACACUUUCGAGCCUUUUCCCGCGACGUAGAAUUACGUCUGCAGGCCUUCAUCUCAUAUGAGGAGUGGGUGAGGAUGAUGCGUCGCUGGGAGCGAGAAAGGAUGUCGGCCGUCGUCAACUUUGAUCUCAACAUAUACGGUCGCCGACGACAUGCAGCUGAUGUUGGUAGAGUUCUGUCCAAGGCGCAACUUUUCCUGCAACAACCACAGUUCGGGCUUGACGGCUUUACUUACUACAAUCCUCAUUAUCUUCAUUUAGAAGAGGUUCUCGGGAAAGAGGUUUCUGAGACCCCCAUCGCCCUUCACAACAGCCAGUCUCACAAUUCGCACUCCCCAGCAAACGACCCAAUUAAAAGAGUGAUGCAAAACGAGGUCGAGCCCACCAACGAUACUGCGGAGAUCAAUAGCAUUCUCAACUCUUUAUCAUAUCAUAGCAUCCUUGCUAAGUCUGUGGCAGACAGAAGCAUCAUCAGAACGACCCUGCUCGAGUGCCACCAGGCCGAAGCUCUUGAUUUUAUUCUUAGACGCGAGACUGGAGACCUUCCCGCCGAGAUGAGUCUCUGGGAGAAGUGUCAGGAUGAUGAUUCGGACUUGGAGGAGUGCUUAUAUCAGCACAUAAUUACGGGUGGGAGGUCCAAAGAGGCGAGGGAUGUACAAGGGGGAAUUAUCGCAGAUGACAUGGGUCUUGGAAAAACUCUAGUGGUCCUGUCGACGAUUGCAGGAUCUAUGGGCCGCGCGAGCGCAUUCCUUUCUCAAGGCAAAAAUCCCGGGCAGAGGUCUGCAGCCGUGGUGGCAUCAAGAUCAACCCUAGUCGUUUGCCCGUCUUCACAUUGUCACAACAAGAAUGUCUGUCUGGAACUGACAUGUCCUAGACACACUUACCCCGGCUAUAUUACGUGGCACAAGCACCACGGUCAGGGAAGACAGGACGACAGAAGCCGAAAACAACUGCUGGAAAACGAUGUUGUAUUGACUACAUAUGCAACUGUUGCUGCUGAGCUACGUAAAGGGCAGGCUGUUUUGCGUUUCAUUGACUGGUUUAGGAUCGUGCUAGAUGAAGCCCAUGAGAUUCGAAAUCCGUCAACAAAGCAACACCAAGCCACAGCUGAGCUACGUGCUCAACAUCGAUGGUGUCUAACAGGGACACCUAUCCAGAACGCAGUCGAUGAUCUCGGGGCUCUGGUAUCCUUUCUCAGGGUGCCCAGCGUCGAAAACCCAGCAACGUUUCGAAAGUAUAUUGCUAACUUAUCCACAGCCAAGUCACGGGAGCGGUUCAAGAAUCUCCGUGUGCUUUUGGGAAGCAUUUGUCUGAGGCGAACCAGAGAUAUUCUCGGGUUGCCAGAUCCAGAGCCGAAACUGAGAGGUGUUGAGCUCACUCCAGCAGAACGCCAGGAGUACAAAAAUAUAGAACAACAAUGCCGACGUGAGAUUGAUAGGGCAGUGAGUGGACAUGGGCGAGGAAAGCUGAACUCAACAGUUCUGGAAUCACUGCUCAAACUUCGACUUUUUUGCAACAACGGAAUCCCCAAGCGAGAGUCGGGGACGGCCUCGCCAAUGCCCCAAAUGGAUAUGGACGAAGUGCUUAGUUACCUACAGCAGAACAACGAGGCAGAUUGUUCUUUUUGUUUUAGGCAAGUAUAUUCCAUCAACGACAGGCCUGAUACCGACGGAGGCCUACUUCUCCCGGAUUGUCUGCACCUUGUCUGUCGCGCCUGUAUGCCGCAAUACCACGCCGCAGACAGCCAAUGUCCCCUUCACCCUGUCGGACAAGUCCAGCAUUCUCUUCCUCUUGGCAAUACUAGUCAUACAACUCCAAAAAUACCUACUCAAUACCCCUCGAAGCUCCUGGCUCUCUUGAAGGAUAUCUCCAUGCACUUAUCGCAGAAGAGCAUUAUUUUCUCAUCUUGGAAAAAAACCCUGAACCUAAUAUCAGAGCUUCUGACAAGCUAUCGCAUUCCGUUCUACUGUAUCCAUGGCUCACUGUCGCUCGGUGAGCGGAUCCGCAUUCUGAAAGAUUUUCGAUCUUCAUCUGGCGCAAACGUCCUCCUGAUGACACUGGGAACAGGGGCAGUCGGACUCAAUCUCGCCGUCGCAAGUCGUAUCUAUCUCAUGGAGCCACAGUGGAACCCCUCCGUUGAACUCCAGGCCAUUGGCAGAGCUUUACGUCUGGGGCAAACAGAACAGGUGGCAAUAGUACGAUAUAUCGUGAAGCACACCAUUGAAGAUAGCAAUGUUCUCUCUAGACAAGAGGCAAAACUUCAACUAGCCAGUGGAGGCUUUGGAAAGCGCAGGCGUGGGAUUAGAGCGGAACAGCUCGACUCGCUUCUGGGGUUAUUUGGGGUCGAAAAGCGUGGAUAA